UUGGAGGGUGAGAGUGUCACCUCUCCAAUGACACUGGACAAACCAAUAGUCCAUCAAAUUUCUCCUCUUUCAGAAAAGAAUGCAAAACUAUAAUUAUUUAGAGAAAAUCACAUGAGAAAGUGCAUUACAAGAAUGUAAACAUCAGAAGGCUUAGAAGAUCUUAGAAGAACAGGGUAAUAGAUCUCUCAAUGGAUCUCCCAUCCCAUGAAUUUCUUUCUCCACUUUCUUUAGCUUGAGUAUUCUGUAUUUCUGUUUCACAGCAUCUUUUUAAUACUUCUAGCUUCUGAAUGUGUAAUUAACCACCCACCAAAUAAGUAUCUUUAUAGCCGAAGUGCAUGUUCAUUCAUUCGUGUGAGAACUCCCACAUUAAAGUGAGAAUUGUUGUAAAACUAUUCAUUCUAGUAUCAUCCUUACCCAAAGCACAGUGCUCUCUUUUUUAUUUUUGCCUUUUUUUUGGUUUUUUGUUUGUUUGUUUGUUUGUUUGGUGCUUAUUGUCAUUAAAAUGUAGUGUCUUCUGGAUUAAAUCAUGUGACAGGAUAAAUUCAGUAACAAAAUUAUGCCUUAUCCUUAUAGUUUGCUGAGAGAUAUAUCCCUUCUCUUAUUAGUAACUACCAUUCCCCAGUACACAUAUAAGCUCAUCACUCUCAGACUCACUUGCUGUAUCUUUUGACUUUAUGUAAUGCAGAGACUCACAUAAACUAAGACUACUCUUAACCCUAAGGGGUUUCUUUGCAUGAUGGCUCCUCUGUUGCUUGUUUUAUCAAUCAAUAACCAACUGAAACUCAACUUCAGUUUUAAUCCACCAGUUCUCCCUGGGAUACAACAUGCAAAUAGCUCAACAUAAAUCAUGUGCCUGAAAAUAAACAGUACUCCAAACCUUUGCAACAGAAAGAAGGAAAAAAGAGGGUUAAUAAAACCUUACUCAUUUGGAUACCUGCUUCAAGCUUUUUUUCUUUGGAAGUGCUUUUUACUACUUGAAAGAUUUAUUAAAAGGAUAUAUAUCCCUAGGCCAAUUUUCCUAUAAAACAUGAGCAUGAGACUUCCUUAGGGACAUGACUAUGUGAAUUUAUUUCAUUUGAAGAGCAUUAGAAAGGCAAAAACACAAAGAGAAAGUGUCAGGAAUCUGACUCAUAACAGGAACAUAAAGAUUAACCACUUUCAUCUGUUUGCCUGACUAAUAGAUAAAGAAAAAAAGAGCCUUGAAUACUUUCAAGCAAAGUCUGUAAAGUUAUUCAAGAUUUGAGUGGCAGUGAAUAAUCCAGGGAAACUACAUCAGUGGUGGAAGUUGAGAAAUGCUGUUUAAUAAACAAAAAUACAAUGUGAUACACAGUGUGCAACUGACAGACUGGAAAGUUUACCUGUGAUCAUUAUUUUUUUGGCUAUAUUUCAUGGAACCCAUAAGAUACGGAUGGAAUGCUGCAAGACAUAAAAAUGUUUCCCUUUGACAACCUAAAAAGCAAGUGUAAUUUCAUAGUUCUGUUCAUAUGUCUAUGUCUAUCUCAUAUCAGUAGACUAAGACAUAUUUGACUAGUAAGCUAAUUAUUUUGAUGUAAUUCCUAUGAGUAAGGUCCCUAGAACUCCAGUAGGAGAACUAUUUUUUCUUCUUCUGGAUGGAGAAGAAAGCCUAGACAAAUUACAGAGUUAAGUUAAUAUUUUUAUGUACCAGAUGUUUCAACUGAAACUCAAAUGUAUUUUGUUUUUCUCUCAUGUGAUAAUCCAGAAUUUGUUCUUUGCCUCCCCAGCAUAUGUCAAAAGCAUUCACUGGGAAAUAUGAAGAUAAGAUUCUGUGAAAACCUAACUAAACCAACCUGUUUAAUUCUUCUACUUCAUGCUCAGAAAUUUAAUAAUUAACUAUAAAUACUGACAAUGACUGCUUUUUCAAUAUAGCUUUUUUUGGGAGAUAGCUCUGGUUUUCUGUAAAUUGACAAAAUAAUUGUGAUCAUGAUAUGAACUAAGACAAUCAUGACAGUUUUCCAGAUUUCAUUUUAUGAUAUGCAAGUGUUCAUACAUCUUCAUGCAGGUAAAAAAGCUGCCAUACAUGCCAAAUUAAUGCAUCUCUUACUGCAAAAAAAUUAUUUAUGUACCAAAAUAUGAAAGGUUCAAGUAACGUUAAAUAUGUCAAUGCCUAUGCAUGAUACAUUGAAGAGCCCAGAUUUUAAUUAUUAGAAAUAUCCAAGACUUAAUUUCAGUUAUUGAUAUAAUUGAAAUAAAAACAUGAAUAACAAUAAUCUAAAGCAUUUUCUACCUUUUUUCCUUAUAAUUGCUUGAUAGCUUGUACUACAUGGACAGGUGAUAAAAAAGCUAAAUCACUUUCUUGGGUUGCAGUAUAAUAUAUAUUCAUUGAGUGACUUCUGAAGCAUAUUUAGAAAAUAUAGCUUUUUGGAAUGUACUGUCUUUUAUAUUUAUCUAUUUAGGUGAAGUAAAGAUAGAAUAUCUAACUUAUCAAUGGUUCACAUCAAAUUAUCAAUUUAAAUAUUAAUGCGGAUUUCAAAAUUACUAAGAUUUAUAACAUGGCAAGAAAUGAUGCAAUUCUCCUCAAAUCAGAAUAUGUGAAUAGGCCUAAUCAGUUAAGAGGUAUUAAACACAGAAGAGAUAGCAUUCUAUCUAUAUAUUACUUGAUUAAAACUAUUUUAUAUGAAAAUAUCCCAUCUUUUAGAGCAUGUAACUAGACAGCAAGUAGCCAGUAUACCCUAUAGAUGAUUUCAUAUAUUUAAUCAUAAGUGAUGCAUUUCUAGACUCUCAGAAAUUGCUGAAGUUUCAUCUGUCCUAUUCUAGAUGAAGAUUUCUAGGCAUUUCUUCCCAGUGCUCUCUUAAGCAGCACAUACUCAGAUCAAUGUCUGGAUAAAAAUGAACUGUGUCUUCUGUUUGAUUUAGAAUAGUUUUUGUCUUUUUUUUAUCACUGAAAACUGAGAAAAAAGGUGAGGCACCAGGGAGUUUUCAGUCCAGCUGUUGUGGCACAGAUCAAUAUUUAAAAUGCACAGUGGCGAUUUUUCUUCCCUUGAAAGUAGGACUUUGUGCCCUGAAUUCUGGUACUGUUAAAUCCAAGACUUUAUCAGUGUUAAACACAAACCCUAAUAUUGGUUUUUAUCCAGAAGCACUACUCCACUGACAAACUAAACAAAACAGUAAUAUACUUCAGUCAUCAAGUAAAUAUAACAGUAAUAAAAUUUUUAAUUUGUGUUUGAUUUUUGUGCUUCCCUGGAGGAAUUUUCAAGCUAUAAUACUUUAUGAAUUAGGAGUUAAAACAAUACAGCUUGAGGGAAAUAACUCCUUCAAUCUUAUUUCUUGAUUUCACAGAGUUAGAACAACAAACUUUUGAGAGCUCAUGAGUGCAUGGGUAAAGCUGGCCAAUGGAAAGGUUCCUGAUUGAAAAUAGGUUUCAUCAUUUUCCUAGGGAUAAAUCUGCUCCUAAAAGAUUACUUAGUAAGGUACAGGUGAAUUGCAGGUGUUCUGUGUAUCAUCUUAUUGCCACCAACUUCUCAUGUGUGAGGUUUAUGAGCCAGAUGACAAUAUGCAAUUUUGCUGCCAUAUCCCUCUCCUACAUUUCACCAUAAAGCUUUUAAUUCUGUAAUUAUGUCCUGAUGCAGUGUACUCUGUGACACCCCUCCCAAGUGGGCAGAUGUUCCUAAGCAGAUCUCUUAUGUUGUGAAAGGAAUCUCCCUUGGGUUUAGCACUGUCAGACUGCAUUAAGAGCAGGUAUGAAAGGUAAGAAGCAGAUGUGUCGUGCUAUUUCUGUUUGACACACUGUACCUCCAGCCAAUGUUUUCCACUGGUAGAGCAACACUGAGCCAACAGGCUAAUGAAUGGAGCCUGCAGAAUACAUUGUUAACCUGCAACCUCACCCAGUCUCCAUGCAGUCUAUUAAGUCAGUACUCCUAUUAUUCACAUUUUUGUGUUUACUGCUGCUGAUACAUUUGCUGUUGUACUUUAUUUUGCUCCCAGUAAUAUACAGCUGUCUCAGAACCAAAAUACCAAGGUGAGUGGACCGGCACUGGAGGGACAAGAGGAGGAGGCUGUGAGGGGCAGUUGGUGACCUGCCGACUUACUUGCACGACGAAGCUUGCAGCAUCUCCCUUUCCCUCUGUCUCUCACUGACGGCCCCAGAGCACAUCUGCGUCACAUGCAAGGGAGGGGGCGGCUUGGUGAGAGGCGCCGAGAUAGACAGAAAAUUGUAUACUGAGGACCUUGACAGCCUCACGGGCGGGAUUUUUUUUCCCCUCCUACGUACAGUGCAUAUAAAGGAGCCCCGAUUUCUUCCUGUGCCAGCUCUCAGGCUUUGCCAUCCCAGAUAACGGCAGGCAUGGGACUCCCCAGAGAAACGGGAUGGGAAGGCGGGAGGUGGAGAGAGGCUUCCAGGUGACUUUUUCCUCUCCGCCUGCACUCGGUCACGGAGCUCUAAGAGACUGAGGAGGUGCCACCUGCCUCCCGCUGCGGAUGCUGCCGCCGCCGCUCCUCUCCGAGCUCUAGCUCUCUCCCCCGUUAAUCAGAUUAGCGCGUCCUAGCAGCCUCCCUCACCCGCUCUUCCCUUGCAAGUGUCCGUCUCCCCUGAGAGAUGUCUCUCAAUUCUGCUUCUCUCUCCUCCCCUUUCCACUGAUCACCGUGCAGUCCUCGUCAGCUCUGGGCAUCUCGCCCUCUGUCUUUCUCCCUUUCCUGCUGGGUGUCUCUACCUCCUCUUGGCUCUGUGCAUCGCUCCAUCCAUCCUCCCUCUCUCUCCGCACUGGGGUGUGCGCGCAUCUCUCUCCGCCCGGCGGCUGCCACCCCUCGCCCUACAAGCCCAGCGCUGCCCGGAGGAGCCGCCGCUGCCGCCGCUGCCGCCGCCGGGCCCUGCUUGGCCGCCGUGAGUGCCGCCUCAGCCCGCGCCCGUCCCCCGCCCGCCGCGGCACCAUGUCCGGCUCCGGCAGGAAAGACUUCGACGUGAAGCACAUCCUGCGCCUCCGCUGGAAACUGUUCAGCCACCCCUCGCCGGCGGGCGGCCCGGCGGGGGGAGGCUGCCUGCCGCCCGACAGCAGCUUCGAGCACUGGGGACCGAGCCAGAGCCGCCUGCUGAAGAGCCAGGAGAGAGGCAACGGCGUCUUCUGGAAGAAAUCCGCCUCCUCCGCCUCCUCCUCGGCGGCCACCACGGCCAGCGCGCCCAACGGGACGCUGCUGCCCGCCGGCGGCCGGCCGGCCGCUGGGCACGGCCCGGGACCGCCGCCGCCCCGCACCGUCUUCUACGUGGAGUCCCUGGAGGAGGAGGAGGAGGAGGCGGUGCCCGGCGGGAUGGAGGUGGCCCGCGAGCCCGAGAAGCCCCUGGCGCCGGCGGAGCGGGUGGAGGCGCCGGGGGGCUGCGCCGAUGGAGGCAGCCGGGCAACAGGUGACGGAGGCGGGCACAGACUGUCAGGAGCCAGCCACCCAUUGCCACCCCACUGUGACAUGGAUUCCUGCAGCUCCGAGGAAUUCUACCAGGCUGUUCACCACGCAGAGCAAACCUUCAGGAAAAUGGAGAGCUACCUGAAGCAGCAGCAGCUCUGUGAUGUUAUCCUGAUUGCUGGGGACCGCAAGAUACCUGCACACAGACUUGUCCUCAGUUCUGUCUCUGACUACUUUGCUGCCAUGUUUACAAGUGAUGUUUGUGAAGCCAAGCAAGAAGAGAUCAAAAUGGAAGGCAUAGACCCCAAUGCGCUGUGGGACCUUGUUCAGUUUGCAUAUACAGUCUUGUGCUGCAUGGAUGUGGACAAGUGGAAAUUUAAGAAUAUAGCCAGUAUUUUGAUACCCAGAAGCACAGAAGCCAACAGAAAUUCCCUUUCAGACUUUUGAUCUCUAAUUGGGAGCACACACCUGUCUAGACUGAGGCAGAAUAUCUGAAGAAUCUGGCUGCCAAAUUCCAAUUACUGAUUGCACGUGUGAAAAAGUUUUUUCAGCAACUCGUGUCUGUAACCAGCUUAGCUCUUUAUUGUUUCACCUCAGGAAUAGAAAACAGUUUUGACAAAUGGGCAGUUAUUUACUCCCAUUUUCUUUUUCCUGUCAUUACCUUCUUAACUCAAGGAGCUUAAAAAAAAAACAAACCACUGAUAGUUGCUGCUGUUAUAGAGGAGGUUUUCCUUGGGGACAACUGAACAAAUCAGAAAAAACAUAGCUGAACAUGGACUUGUUUGCAAAAAUGUAGAAGUUAAGAAUAUUACAGUGCAAAUAUGUUUAGAUGUGAUUUAAAAGAUGGAACCGUUUCCACGUCUUGUUAUCUGUAAUUCAGUCAAGCUUAUAUUUUUUCAUAAUCUAGUGAAAUUAUUGCAUUUUUACGUGCAUGAAUCAUACAUAUUAAGCAGAAGGUUUAGAAGGAUAAAAGAUAUGUAUCUAUAAUAAGCAUUAUUAUAGGUGAAGAUAUCAUAAACUGAUACCAGACCCUCCACCAAUACAAUCUAAUAUGGUUGCAAAAUAUCAGAAUUAAAGUUCAUCAAAAGGGAGACACCAGACACAUAGGGAAAAAUAGUCCUGGGGUGCAGCAGGCGCAGCAUCCCCAGUUGAGCAUGGGGAGGGGAUUGUCCUUCACUGCUCUGCACUGGGGCGGCCUCACCUUGAGUCCUGUGUGUGGUUUUGGGCACCACAAUAUUAAGAAAGGCAUUAAAUUAUUACUGAGUGUCCAAAGGAGGGCCAUGAGAUUUGUGAAGGGGCUUGAGGAGCAGGUGAGUUCACAUGGUCUGUUCAGCAUCGAGAAGACUGACGGUAAGACCGCAUUGCAGUCUGCAACUUCCCCUUGAGGGGAAGAGGAGAGGCAGACACUGAUCUCUUCUCUGUGGUGGCCAGCACAGAACCCAAGGGAGGGGCCCACAGAUACCUCAGGGGACAUUCAGGCUGAAUCUCCUUCACUCAGAGGAGAUUGGGCACUGAAAGAGGCUCCCCAGGGAAGUGGCCAUGACAUCAAGACUGACAGAGUUCAAGGAGCAUGUGCACAGUGCACUCAGGCACAUGGUGUGACUCUUGGGGUAGGUGCAGGGCUUAGAGCUGAACUCAGUGAUCCCUGAGGGUCCCUUCUAACUCAGCUUACUCUGUGAUUCGGUGGUUCUGUACACAAAUAAAUUUCUAAAUAAUUGGCAAGGUAGAAUGACAUGGUGACCAGGAGAGCAUUAAAUCUUGUACAGCCUUGAUUAGAGCAGCUCCUGAGUGAAGGCCCCUGCCAAUCUAAGAGUACUAACAGAAGCACAGAAAAUUAGACAACCAACGGUACUGAUUUAAAGAUAAUAAAGGGUGUUGAAGUUUCUGUGAAGAUUCAGUGUGAAUAAUUACGUUAUUUUAAAGUCAUGUCAUUGAUGUACCUGUAAAGCAGAAUUCGAUUAAAGCUGAAAAAAUUGACAUGUGUUAAAUAUAUUCUAUAAACUCUGUGUUAGGUCAGUCUUGGGGUUGUUUUGGAAGUG